AUCCAUCAGCUGUUUAACGAAAGCUCACAAUAUGGCAGACAUUUAGUGUUUGUAUACGGAACAGAAACGAAGGUCAGCUUUGUUUGGCACUAGAACAGUGAUCGAAGAGCAGAUUCACAUCCAAUAGAAGCGCCGAGUUUUUGUGUCUCCGUCGUUUUGUGUGCGUGUCUGUGUCGUUUCGUACGACAUAACAAACCGAAAGACUCAUGAAUAACACAAAUUUGUCCGAAUCCAAUGGAUCGAGGAACUAUUUCGUGAAUUUUAACCAGGACGUCACGUCGUUGGCGGUGGGCUGCAGGAACGGCUACAGGCUGUUCUCGCUGAAUAAUGUCGAUCAGCUCGAACAGAUCUACAGCAACGGAACUGAAGAUUCGUGCGUUGUCGAGCGGCUGUUCAGCAGCAGUCUUGUCGCCGUUGUGUCACUCGCGGCCCCCCGAAAACUCAAGGUUUGCCAUUUUAAGAAAGGGACCGAGAUCUGCAACUACUCCUAUAGCAAUACUAUACUGGCUGUGAAACUUAACAGGGCGCGUCUGGUGGUAUGUCUGGAGGAAGCCCUCUACAUACACAACAUUCGGGACAUGAAGGUGCUGCACACGAUACGCGACACGCCCCCGAAUCCCUCGGGCCUCUGCGCCCUCACGAUCAACAACACCGAGAACUGUUAUCUGGCAUAUCCCGGUUCGUCGUCGAUCGGCGAGGUGCAAAUUUUCGAUGCGAACAAUCUGCACGCCAAGACUAUGAUACCGGCGCACGACAGUCCGUUGGCUGCACUCGCGUUCAGUCCGAACGGCCGUCGGAUCGCGACAGCCUCCGAAAAGGGCACCGUCAUCCGCGUGUUCAACGUGGCCGACGGCGCUAAGCUGUACGAGUUCCGGCGCGGCGUCAAGCGGUGCGUCGCGAUCAGCUGUCUGGCGUUCAGCAUGUGCGGCCAGUUCCUCGGCUGCAGCAGCAACACUGAAACGGUGCACGUGUUCAAGCUGGAGGAACCCCGGGACAGGUACGAUCCUGAAAACGGUGAAUCAAGCCCGAGGCGUAGCGUGGACGAGAGUAGUUGGAUGGGCUAUCUGUCCAAUUAUCUGCCCACCCAAGUGACUGAUGUUUUCAACCAGGGUAGAGCGUUCGCGACUGCGCACCUGCCCAUUUCCGGUGUGCGAAACGUCAUAAGCAUAGUGACAAUUCAGAAUCAGUUGAGACUGCUGGUGGCGACAGAGGAUGGGAUGCUGUUCGUAUACAACAUGGACAGCGCUGACGGCGGUGACCUGACGUUGUACAAGCAGCAUCGCAUAGACGAAUUCUCCGAGUCGGACAUCGAUCGAUCUCAACCGAGGAAUAUUGAAGGAGACAGGAUAUACGAAUUAUUACGAUAUCAUUUUCACGCUACAAGAAUGGCUUACAUGAAAUAUUUAGAACCGUCCCUUCAGUUCAUUACUCAAUUCUGGAGGGUGACAACAACGGAAACUACUGAAGAAACUAUAAUAAUAGGAAAAUGUGAAGUGUGUCAAGCUGAAACAAGUAGACAAUGUUCUUCUUGCAAAUCAACUUUUUAUUGUAGCGAGGAGCAUCAAAAACAAGACUGGGAAAAUCAUAAGAUAAUUUGCAAUAUCACACCUUUCGAAAUUGUGGAAGUAUCAGAAGGUAAAAAAUACUUAAAAGCCCCCAAAGAUUUGGAGCCAGGCGAAGUUAUUCUCAUGGAAACACCUGUGGUUUUCGGUCCGAAAACUUUGAGAAUAUCAGAGGGGUCAUUCCCAUGUGUUGGAUGUUGCAGAUUAAUUUCUACAACAGACUGCAGCAAAUGUCCUGAAUGUUCGUGGCCGAUUUGCAGUUUGGAGUGUGCAGGAUUAAAGGACGAGAGACUCCAUGGAAUGGAGUGCAAAGUUUUGAGACUGAGGCCACCUCAAUUAGAAGUAUCUUUUUAUGAUUAUUACAGAUUUGAUAUAUUGAUUGCUUUGAGGACUUUGUUCCUGCAAAAACUCGAGAUCAAUCAAUGGAAGGAAGUUAUGAGCUUGCAGUCGCAUAUGGAGAAAAGAGGCAGCGAAACUGACGUUUAUAAAAUCGUUCAAGAAAAAGCUCAGUUUGUGGAAGACAAUUACUUAGGCUUGCUCAGAGCCUACGAGCAUGAAAUUGGAGAAGAGAUACUUCCAGCAGUACCAAGCGAUUUGAUACAUAAAAUUUAUGGAAUAAUUCAUGCGAAUUCUGUGGAAAUUAAUAUAGAAGAAGUUUCUGCUCAAGCUAUUUAUUCCACAUCGAACUAUAUUGAACACAAUUGUAUUCCUUGCACGUCUGAUCAAGUGGACGUCCAAAAUCAAUUCCAAAUUACCUUCAGGGCAACUCUCCCGGUAAAAAAAGAAGAGCACAUUACCUCUUCAUACACGGAUAUUUUGUUGGGAACGCAUGCGAGAAGGUUGGAUUUAAGACAACGAAAAUAUAUACAAUCAUGCUCUUGUGAUAGAUGCAAAGAUCCUACGGAGAUGGGAUCGUUUGUCAGCGCAUUGAAAUGCAUCGGCUCUGAAACUGAUCCGUGUGGAGGGAUGCAGCUGCCGUUAGAUCCCAUCAAUGAGGAAACCGAUUGGAAAUGCGAUAAAUGUGGAAUUUUGUUGCCUAACAACGAGAUCAUGAAGUUCGUCGAGCAUCUGGGAAAAGAAGUUGAGAAGGUGAUGGUUAAAGAUGCUACUACAUUGGAGGAAAUGGAGGAGACUUUAGAAAAGCUUAUGAACUUUUUGAAUCCCAAUCAUUAUUUAGUAUACAGGAUGAAGUUUUCUAUGAUCAAAAUGUAUGACAGGGUGGAGGUUACCGAGGAAGUUCUGCAAAAGAAGUUGAAGAUGUGCGAGAAUUUGAUCGACAUUACCAAGAGAAUCGAUCCUGGAAACUCUAAGUUGACGGUGUAUCUAUCGGAUUUGCUGAACGAACAUUUCAAAACGAAAAAGUUAAUGUUGCAGAGAAGUUUUAGCAUGGAAAAGAAGGAGGCUGUUUGUUCUAAUAUUAACGAAUUGUUGGCGAUUUUAGAGGGGAAUAAACACAUACUUCAGUACAAUUCUAGUGAUUCGAAGCAGUCAAAAAUAUACUUAGAAGUUUGUGAGAAUGAAUCGCAGUUCAAAAAUUGGUUGAGUGAAAAUAAUAUUAUUAUAGAGUAUCAGUAAAAAUGUUCGAGUGUUGGUUGUUUGUUAAUAAAGUUUGCGAUGUGA